UUUCAAGCCGCUGUCAACACCUCAUGGUGUCAGCCUCGUCUAAAAAAUGCCUAUCGUAUCCGUAUUACAACUGAGCUGAAGUCUGCCUACGUUUCCGUCCAGGCAGGUUACCGAGAAAGAGCUCAUUCAAUCUCUGGAGGCUCAGUGGCCCGGAAAAACUUAGGUCUUUGCAAACUCGCAUCCAGUCAUUCAGCUGGCGGUGCCUUUUAUCAGUCAGUUUUCAAGCUUCUCAAAAUCAUAUGAAGAUGUUUCGGCUCAGAAUGAUUCACUUCUGAAGACCAUGGUAAAGGCAACCUCGACAUGUAUCAACAAAUAUUUGCUCUCCUUGGUGCCCUCCUGACCGCUGUGGUCAUCUCCAAGCUUUUUGGGUUCUGGACGUCUCUCAGCCAAGCUCGUCGUUUUGCAGCAGCCUCGCCAGUUCCAUAUGUCUCGGUCUAUUGGUACCGUGAAUCGGGAUGGUUCUGGUUGUUAUCGCCAUGGUUUGCUCCUUUUCUAGAAAGCCUCCCAUUCGGAUUAGGACAUUGGGUCCGUUAUAUGAAGAGAGAUUUCUCAUGGGCACACAAAGGCAAACUUCCUCGAGAAGAACUUGGAUCUGAUGUUUUUUGGACCGCCGCGGCUGAUGGUUGCCUCCUACACGUGUCUGACGCGGAUGUCGUUUCCCAGGUCGUUCAUCGAUGGAAGGACUUCCCUAAAGCAGAGCUCUACUACCAUGACUUGACCUGGUUUGGCGAUAAUGUCAUCACAGCAGAGGGUUCAGAUUGGCAACGACAUCGCAAGAUCACUGGUCCUUCUUUUAAUGAGCGGAAUAGCAGUCUCGUCUUCCAAGAGACCUUGACCCAAGCGAAAGCAAUGCUUGCUUCAUUUACUCACGAAACCGACGGCAAUAUUUCAGCUCCUGGGGAGGAACCAGUUAUCGACGACCUGCUUUUCUGGUUGAAGGCCAUUGCUCUCAAUGUACUAUCUGGAGCCGCCUUCAAUCGGCACAUCCCAUGGCCGACUAAAUCUGUCGUUGGAUUCAACGUUCUUCACAAACCGGUAGAAUCGGACUCGGAUUCGGAUUCGGGGUUUCCAGCAGAAUCAAAGACUCAUUCGAUGUCAUGGCAGUACUGUAUGAAUCAAAUAAUGGAUAAUUUCUAUUUCUUGAUUGGAUUCUCCCCAUGGCUACUGGAACAUUCACCAUGGAAAUUCCUCAGAACCCUACCAGCUGCGUUCGGUGAAUUCAUGCACUAUAUUCAAGAGAUGAUCGACGAUGUCCCAAGCGCUGAAGGUACAACCCCUACCUCUGACGACGGCACUGGCAACAGCACUAGUACGAAACCACUUCUCAGGCGAAAUGAUCUACUUAGCAAUAUCCUGCGAGCUAACGAAAACGAUUUGUUGGACGAAUCAGAGAUUCUCGGCAAUAUCUGCAUCCUCCUCAUCGCCGGCCACGAAACAUCUGCUUCCGUCUUAGAAAUUGCUCUUAUCCUCCUCGCCACAGAACCGGAAUUCCAGCAAAGAAUCCGAGAUGAAAUAGACAGCAUAUGGGCGGCGAAAAAGCCAGGAGAAGACUUGACAUAUGAGGAUUACCCCAAGAUGAGAACAAUCAUGGCGCUGAUGCUCGAAACCCUCCGUCUCUGCCCGCAGAUAAUCAAUCUUUUCAAAUCAACAGAAACUUCCCAGACGCUAACCUACCGCUCCCAACCCCUCCCUUUGCCACCCCACACAACCAUCUUCCUGGAAGCCGUCUCCUUACAGCGCAAUCCUAAAUACUGGUCCCCAUCCCCCGACCUCUUCCUCCCAUCCCGCUGGCUCAAAGACCCAACCUACACUCCACCACCCAACACGCUCCCCGAAUCACCCGCGCAUGCAAACCUCCUUUGCCCACAAAAAGGCAGUUAUAUCCCGUUCGGAGCGGGGAUGAGGAGUUGUCUGGGCAAGAAAUUCGCACAGGUCGAGUUUUGCACGAUUGUUGCUGUGCUUUUGAAGGGUUAUUCUGUGGAGCUUGUUGAUGAUGGCGGGAAAGGGUGGGAGGAGAAGAGGAGAGAGGUGUUGGAGUGUUUGGAUCGGAGGCAGACGAUUAUUGCGUUGAGGAUGUUGGGGAAGGUUAAGGUUCGGUUUGUGAGGAGUGGUGCAGAGAGUUUUCCAUAGGAAGGGCAGAACUGAGUGAUAAGAGAUUUCAGGACGAGAUUGUAGAGUAAGUCGUAAUUAGGUUUACGUUCUAUGUAAGUUAUGAUUGAAGAGGUGUAUCUUCUUACCAGACGCCGUGAA